AUGACUUUAACCAUUGAAAAGCCAGCACCAGCAUUCAGCAAGACUGCCGUUGUUAACGGUGAGUUCAAGACUGUUUCCCUUUCUGACUACAAGGGACAGUGGGUUUUGCUCGGAUUCUUCCCAAUGGCUUUCACAUUUGUCUGCCCAACUGAGAUCAUUGCUUACUCGCAGGCUGCCAAGAAGUUUGCUGAGAAGAACUGCAAGAUUUUGUUCGCAUCCACCGAUUCUGAGUACGAUUUGUUGGCAUGGACUAAUGUUAGCAGAGCCGACGGUGGCUUGGGAUCUUUGGACAUUCCACUUAUUGCUGACAGAAACCAUUCUCUUUCUAAGGACUACGGUGUCUUGAUCCCAGAGGAGGGAAUUGACUUCAGAGGAAUCUUCUUGAUUGACCCUAAGGGUAACUUGAGACAGAUCACCAUCAACGACUUGCCUGUCGGAAGAAGUGUCGACGAGUCUUUGAGACUCUUGGAGGCCUUCCAGUUCACCGACAAGUACGGUGAAGUCUGCCCAGCCAACUGGCACCCAGGUGCAGAUACCAUUGUCCCAGAGGUCGAUGGUUCCAAGAAGUACUUCUCUAAGCACCCAUAA